GAUGGCGGCUGCCGCACUAAAACACGAGAUUUCAUCAGAGGAAGAAAUACUCAGUGAUUUAGAAACUACAGAAGAAACAUCAAAACCUCAAACGCAGAAGAUCCGAGAGACUCCAGAAGACAUUAAGCAAGAGGCAAUCAUUAAUUCACUGGCAUUCCAUCCUAAAGAAAAUAUCCUUGCUGCUGGAGACAUUGAUGGAGAUAUAUAUUUGUACAGAUACUCUUGCAAUGACGGGGAGAACAAAGAGCUGUGGUCAUCUGGACAUCACCUUAAGUCCUGCAGAAAAGUCGCCUUUUCAAGUGAUGGAGAAAAACUGUUCAGUGUGUCCAAAGACAAGGCUGUUCACAUUAUGGAUGUAGAGGCUGGAAAACUUUCUAAGAGAAUUCCUAAAGCUCACAGCAAGCCUGUUAAUGCUUUGCUAUUAAUUGAUGAGAAUUUGUUCGCCACUGGGGAUGAUGAGGGCACUGUCAAAGUGUGGGAUAUGAGAAAAGGCACUUCAUUCAUGUCCCUGAAACACCACGAAGACUUCAUCAGUGACAUAGCUGUUGAUUCAGCAAAGAGGACUUUACUUACAUCCAGCGGUGAUGGAACUAUGGGUGUGUUCAAUUUAAAGAGAAGAAGAUUUGAACUGCUCUCUGAAAUCCAGGAUGGGGAUCUCACUUCUGUGUCCAUCAUGAAGCGUGGGAGAAAAGUGGUGUGUGGCUCCAGUGAAGGGAUGCUCUACAUUUUUAACUGGAACGGAUUUGGAGCAACUAGUGAUCGAUUUGCCCUCCAGGCAGAGUCUGUGGACUGCAUAGUACCAGUUACCGACAGCAUAUUGUGUACUGCCUCAAUGGAUGGAGUCAUCAGAGCUGUGAAUAUCUUGCCCAAUCGCGUUGUUGGCAGUGUGGGGCAGCACAUCGGUGAACCUAUUGAAGAAAUUGCUUGUUCGUGGGACAAACGCUUUCUUGCCAGCUGUGCUCAUGACCAGCUAAUCAAGUUCUGGGACAUUUCAGGACUCUCUGCGAUGAGAGUUAGCGAUUAUCGACAGCAGAAGAAAAAAGAUGGACGUCUCAAGGCACUUAGCAAUAAAGCAUUUGGCGGAGCGGGCGACUUUUUCUCUGGACUACUUGAUGUUAACGAGGCAAACGGAACAGAAGAGGUGGAGUACAGUGAUGAUGAGGAAGAUGAAGACAGUUAAAGAAAUUGAAAGACUUUUUGUGUUUAAGUUGCAGUUAAUUAUCCCAGUAUUUUUACAAUCUUUAUAUUUUUUUCAAACUAUCAGUUAAUAACAGUUAAUACACCAUGAAGAUCUAUCUGCAAAUCCAAACUAUACAAUAUAAGUUUAGUAUGUGCAUGCAUUUACUGGUUAUUGAUUGUAGACUUAAAUGAGUUUUCUGUACUCAUUGCCAAUUUUAUGAGCCUGCAGAGGCGCUGGAAAAAUAUAUAAUCACUUUUUGUAUCCUGUGUACUUUGCGUGUCCAUAAAAUGAAACGGGACCACCACUUAUCACAUAUGAUUUGGGUGGUGAACUGUUUAUUUUUUUCCUAACAUGCAAAUUCCAGACUUUUAAAAAUUGUACAGUGAAGUGAAGGCAUAUAUUUAUAGAUUAUAGCUGUUAAUUUUUCUGCUUUAUCAGUGUCAGUUUUUGACCACAGAAACUGCUCUCAACCAAGUAGUGAUGAGAUGUUUAAAAAAUCCCAUUCGUAUUUCUGUGCCACAUUCAUAUACUUGUGCUGUUAGUUCCUAAUGCUGCCUUCAUACUGCAUUUGACAAAUUACACACAAUGAAUUAAUAAAUCAUUAAUUUGAGUGAUGAUACAACA